UUAAUGAUUCCUUAUAAAGUCUCAGCUUUCACAGCUGACUAGCGAUAUAUUGCUAGCUAUAAAUAAUCUGUUACUGGUGGUCAAUUAAGUUGUCAACAUAACGGUAAAAAUGACCAAAAAACACAUAGAAACAGAUGUUCAGUCUUACCUAUAAAAUAUAACACCCCGAGAUCUGUUUUCAUUCUUGUGCAAUGGUUUGUAGAUGCCCAAGCUGCAGGUAUCUUUUCUCAUGUACCAAUAUGAGAGUUACGGAUAGUUGCCCGGAGCAAUAUGGCGGCGACAUUGAGCGGCCAAUGAGGCGUCCAGGUAUUUAUAUAUGCCUAUGGUCAAAAUCAGCUCUGCAGAAAUCAGCCCAUUCUGUUGCAUGUUCCUUUAAAUGUAAAUGAGCUCUGCUCACCCCGCCCCUCUCUUCUGUGGAGUGACGAGCCAUGCUCUGUUUUCUUUAGCUGCAUUUAGCCGCCUUUAGCCGCUAAACUUGCUAACUAGCACGUUAUUAGGAAAGGCGAUCGAUUCAUAAAAAAACCCUUAUACUCACUUUUGCUGUAAGUGAACCUGGAUCACGAAUGAUUUGCACGAACAUAGAUGAAUAUAUGUGAGGCGCAUUCCCUUCACAAACAAAUGUAAUCCACUGCAUCUUCAGCGGCUCAGAUGUCGGGAGUAAAUGACAACCACUAUGUUCAUUUUUACAUCCAACAACAUAACACCUCAAUCACUUAGGAGCCAUUUUUUUCUACGUCCCUGCUCCGGCAUGGCAACAAUGGCAGUCGAAAUGUUACUGCUCAUUCAGGGCGGGUCUAAGGUAAGAUGCCAGUGUCAGUCAAACUAUUGUGGGAGCGGCUUCUGUCUGUGUGACGUCACACAGACAAGAAGCUGAGAAUGGCUUGAUUUGAGAAUGGCUUGAUUUGAAAAAGGGGAAAUUAUUUUUACAGAUUAAUUAAAAACCACUGGGUGACUUUUUGUCAUUAUACUGCCAAUACACAUCAAUGUUCAAACAGCAUGUAAAAGUGAACUUUGUAUCCGAUGACCACGCUAAAUGUUACAAAUGCGAUGAAGCACAUUUAUCUAAGAUGACCUAUUUAGAUAAAACAUCCAAGCCAUGUAUUUAUAGCUGGCCCACUAAUAUUUUGGAUGAACACUUUUUGCCCAGAGUGACCUUCAUCUUGUAUAUGAGAAAAAAAAAAACAUUUUGUAAAUUGUAAAAUACAGGAUAAUGGAAAUGCACGUUUUACAAACUUUGGAUUUUGGUGAUGCCUUAUUUUACAGACUCAACUGCAGCUAAAGCCAGAAAUCUUGCUUUAUAUGGCAAGGCCACACAAUCAGACCUGGUCGGGAAUCCUUGGUCAGCAGAUGGCCAUGCCAGCAAUGCUAUUGAUGGAAAUCGUGACCCAUAUUAUGAACAUGGAUCAUGUACUGCUACUGAAUGGCAAACUGACCCAUGGUGGAGGUUAGAUUUACUAAACGAGUACGUAGUGACCUCCAUAACUAUCACCAACCGAAAAGAGUGCUGUCCUGAAAGACUUGAUGGAGCCGAGAUACACAUUGGAAACUCUCUGCUGAACAACGGCAACAGCAACCCAUUGGCUGGAAAGAUUUCAUCCAUUCCAGGUGGGAGAUCCCUCACUUUCAAAUGGAAGAAAGGCAUUUCAGGCCGUUACAUCAAUGUGGUCAUACCUGGAUCUAAUCGCCUUCUUACCCUCUGUGAGGUUGAGGUUUACGGUUAUCCAGCUCCUGAUGGUGAAAAUGUGGCUUUAAAAGGGAAAGCUACACAGAUUACCCUCUAUGGAAACAAUCUUGCAUCCAAUGCCAUUGAUGGGAACAAAGAUGGUGAUUGCAAACAUGGAUCCUGUUCCCACACGGAAAAAUCUCUCAAUCCCUGGUGGAGACUGGACCUACUGAAAAGGCACAAAGUGUUUUCAGUGGUAAUAACAAACAGAGCAGGUAGUGUUUUUCAAAGAUUGAAUGGGGCAGAAAUUAGAAUUGGAAACAGUCUGGACAACAAUGGCAAUAACAAUCCCAGGUGUGCUGUGAUCUCUUCCAUUCCUGCUGGUUUUUCUACCACCUUUGAAUGUGAUGGGAUGGAAGGACAUUACAUUAAUGUUGUUAUUCCAGGACGGGAAGAAUAUCUUACAUUCUCUGAGGUUGAAGUUUUUGGAUCACCACUGGAUUGAAAAGCACUUAAAAAAUAAUUAACCUGUAAUAAUUUUCAUGCUCCACAUGAAGUAACUGAAUUAAAUAACAGGAUCGACAUGGAAAAAAGUACAUAUUGGAUUCUGUAGGGCUUUUUCUUUUAAACCUACAGCAACUCACUCUAGGCUAAUAUGUUGAAUGUACAUAAAACAUAUAACAUAUGUACACAUAUAAAUUUAAAAAUGUCUAGCUGUUAACAAACUACAUUCCAAUCACUGUUAAUUGGACAUUAUUCAUGCCUUUUUGAGAAAAAGAAAAAAAAAAACCAAUAAUGCAGCAAAACGUCAUAUGAUUACUAAACAUAUACGUCUAUUCAAGCUUGUUUGCUAUUCCAUCAGACUUGUGUUUUUAAGCAUAUCAUCUUUUAUCAUUUUUUUCCAAAUAUGACACAAUGCAACAGGGAGCAUUCUGUUAUUCCUGAGCUAAUGAUAUUGAUAGAGCCAUUAUAGGGUUGUGUUAUUUUAUUUUUAAACUAAAUUAUGCUUUUAUGUUAUGAUUAUGCUUUUAAAAGAUUCCCAGCAUUCCAGGUCAUCGAAGAUUGUAAAAUGUCUUGUAGAACUUAAUCAGAACGCAUCAGGAUUGUUUAUUCACACAGUAAACAGUAACCACAAACACUACUCACAAUAUUUUAGCUCUUUAAAUAUGAGCUUGAUCUAGUCAAAUCCAUCUAUCACAAGUCAUUUUACUGUAUGUUCUGUGAUAAUAAGAUAUUUUCAGUAAAAAAGUACACUCAUUUUGGACGAUAGGUGUAGUUACUUCGUUUAACAUGUAAUUAGUUUUUUUCAAUUGCUAACAAGCAUUUACCAAUACUUAAAGUACCUUUUCUAAACUCUUAACACAGCAACACACCAUCACACAGAUAGCCAAAUAAUUCAUUUUGUGGCCAAAACCAUAUUUUGUUAAAUACAAACUCUACGUUUCAAAGUGCUGAAUACCCUUUUCUACACAUACUAACUCUUUCAAAACACAGCAAACCCAAUUCAAAAUUGAGUCAUUCAGUCAAAACAUUAGCACUAGUUUCUAUACAACAGAAACAUAUCGUCAAUCAUAGCACAGUGACUGUAAAAAUACUAACAGUUGAUGGCUUUACAAAAACUGCAUUGCUUGCAUGUUUCAGUUCUACCUGCAUAUAAUAGACAAUAUACAAAUUCAUAUUUUCCUGUAAUUUAGCCUUCAGUUUACCUUCAACUGAAACCCAUUUAACAUUUUUAAGCGUUGAAUGUGUUGGUUCUUGGCAACAUACUACUGAAUGAGUCAUUACUUUAUAGAAUGUACAAGAGAAAAAAAUAGGGUCCCCUAUGCAUAAAUUUAACUGGAACCUUGACUGCAAUUGCUUUUCCAGUGGGUGGAGGUUUCAUUUGGAUGGUGCCUCCAUGAUGCCAGUGAUAAAAAAAAAAAUCCAACAUAGAUGGCCUUUGGUUACUAUGCAAACUUGUUUCUGCCAAAUAAAUAAAUAAAAUAAAAACAGUAAUCUUUUGAUCUCACAGUUCAGACUUCUACUGGAAUUGUGAGUUUACAUCUUGCAAUUCAGACUUUAUCAGAAUUGUGGGAUACUGUAUAUUCACAAUUGCAAAAAAAAAAAAAAAAAAAAAAAAAAAAAAAAAAAAAAAUAAUAAUAAUAAUAAAAAAAUCAGAAUUGUGAGAUACAAAAGUCAAAUUACCCUUUACCCUUUAUAUCCCAUGGCAUAAAUAAGCUUUCAUAGGUUUCACAUGUGGAAAGGGGAAAAAAACAAAAACAAAACAAAACAAAUGAACAUAAAAAUGCACAGUCCAACACAUUCUUACUCCUCUCCCUAACCUCUUCUCACAUUUUUCUGAACCAACUACUCCUCUCCCUCUGCCAGGCAUUAUUUUUUUCUCUCUCUUAGAUUUUUUGUGUUGUUCUGCAUCCACAAAACCAAAUCGAAGAGGUCUUUUUUACUCUAUGUUGUUGAUGUAAUGGAACGAGCUUCAACACCUGAUUAUUCCUCAAACUGAGAAUGGAAUCAGCUUUUAUAAAUAUUUCAGUGAUCUUGUUACUUAAAAGUGCUUAUACAGUAUUAUAUAUAGAAAGAAUUUUUUCAAUACUUUUGAGCUGUUGUUGCAGAAGUAGAAGCUUUAUACUGUAUUUAAGGUUUGGAACAUUAGGUCUUCAUUUCUGGCAUGCUGUGCAUUUGUAAAUAAGCAUUGAUUUUGGUUUUGGGUAAGCUUGUAUGAAAAGAAAAUGUAUGCAUUUUAGAAACAUGAUAAUUGAUUGCAUAUUGUGUGAAAACAACACAAAUUGUGUUAACGGUAGUCACAACACCAUUGUGCUUUUAUCAGUGCAUCUGAUUGUGCUGUUAUCAGUUCCCCCUCAGUCGUACACUACAACGUUACGUCAAUACUGAUGUAUUUGGGGUCUCAUUUGGGAGCCCAAUCACCUCUGAGCUUAAGAAAACAGGCCAAUGAACAUUGGCGAGUGGAAUUUGCAUGCCAAGCCACUCCCCCGUACACACGGGUAUAUAAGAUGGCGGUGUGCGUCCACUCCUUCAGAUUUUUGCUUCGGAGCUGAUCGCUUUGUGAGCUGCUUCUACAAAGAAAAAGGAAAACUUUAAUCGCUGCAGAAGUUUCUCGGCUUUGUGGAACAUCCCUCCUUUGCAUUUCAGUGGAGAGAUCGCCCUGCUGUGCUAAUAAUGCUAAAAGUGCUGCGGUCCUCCCCUGGGCAAUCCAGCCUAAACGAGCAAUUUUCCUACAGCAUACACGAUCAUUGAGAGUGUCUUUUUCAAGACGCGUUCUGAUCGUGUGCUUUUAGGGAGUGAUAGUUUACUUAUUUCCUCAUGACGGUCACCAUCGCUGUCUCACAGGUCUGGGAUGUAAACAAAUGCAUGCUGAGAUGGCCUUUGUGGAUGGGUUAUGCCCGCGCUGCGUGGGCAUGCCCAUUAUUACGCUCGGUCACAGCUUACAUUUAAUAUGUAAGCCGCCUUUGUGUUCUACCCUUUCCAGUUUCGUGGGUUGUUAGACUCCCGAGGCUGAAUUGGCUGGAAGCAUGGGAGACCUGAGGAUAGUCUGGAUUGCUCCACCGGGUCAGUCCCCACGGAGGUCCGGCUCCUCUCAGCGUACUACUGUCGAGUUUCUGAAUGCUGAUGUACGGUUCGUCCUAGCAUGAGCCUUACGUCUCGUUUAGUGCUCAUGAGGAAGUUAAGAUGUCUAUCGCCGCAUCAGUGGAGGGGCUAUCGUCUUCUGACGCCGAAGAUUCUGCUGAGCAGCUCCCUGUUGUGGUAGCUGCACAGUCGGAGUCUGAGGCUAAGUUGACGGCCAUGUUCCUCCGGGCAGCCUCGACUGCCUGGCUGGAGGUUGGGUUCCCCACCUUCCCCUGGCCGUUCGCGGUCUGACGAUUGGUUUCCAGCGUUGGACGCGGAUGUGGCUGUCCGUGCUUCCCGCCUUAGCCUGUAAGUGUCUGCCAGCCCUGGCUGUAAAGCGGGGCUCACAGUGCUUCAGGCCAUGCCACCUCCGCCCUGCAUGCUAUGGCCCUCCUGCAUUAUUUCAGGCCAUAAUUCUAACGUGCACGAGGGUAGUUCUGACUCGAGGUUGAUGCAGGACCUGCGUACGGUGACUGAAAAGUCUCGGUGCAGUCCCUCGGUCAGAUGAUGUCCAUUUUUGUGGCCCAAAAGUGCUAUUCUGGCUGAACCUAGUGGAAAUGUGUUACACCAACAAAGCUCGCUUUCUUGGUGUUCUGUCUCUCAGGCCAGCCUCUUCAGCGACACUGUCCAGGACUAUCCCAGUGGUCUUGAGCAGUUCACACGCAGAAAAGAGUGCCCGUGGAAGGGCCGCGUUUCCUCUGCCUGUCGCCUGCCAUUGGGUUGCUUUGCAUGAAAGCGGAGCUUCCUGAAAGCAGACUACCCGAGGACCUGAGCUGGGGUUGCAGGACGCAUCGCUUCCUCGCAUUCUAGUAGCGACUACGCGGGAUCGUGUAUCAAAGGUAAGCGCUGCCUCAGCAGCCUGGCACUACUUCGGGAUGCUUGCUUCCUGGGUUGAGCCUUACAAAAAAAAAAAAAAAAUGUUUUUAAUUUUCAGCACCAGGGUUGGGCUACAGUCGACUCAGCGAAGCUCAGGUAAACCUGUCUUGCUUCCUUCGAGUCCUCCCUCUGCCAGCUUCUUCCUGUCUGAGUGGAAAUGGCAGGGACCUGGGGUCUCCUCAAGUACACCUUCCCCAGUGAGUCUCCUUGCACAAACCUGUGCGAGAUCGGGGAGAAGGAGGAGCAGGUUCUGCUUGUGCGUCUUACUGACCCACCCCGAACCUGGUAUGCUGACACUUCGGCUCCUCGUAACAAUCCUCCCUAGCUGACACAAUCUGGCACCCGCAUCCCGAUCUAUGGAUCUGCAUGUCUAGCUCCUGGAUGGGAUGCGGUUGACCUCGCUGGCCUUUUCAAUAGGCCGUGGUAAACUUUACCACUCAGGCUCGAGACCCCUCUAUAAGGCUGCCCUAUGCUCUGAGGUGAGGUUGUUUCGUUGUAUGGUGUUCCUCUCACCAAAAGGACCCCCUCAGGUGCUCGGUCAGAGUUGCGCUUUCCUUUCUGCAGGAGAAGUUGGAGCAAAGGAUGUUCCAUCCACUUUGAAUGUGUUUGUUACGGCUAUCACAGUAAAAAAAAAAAAAAAAAAAAAAAAAAAAAUGCUGUGCAUGGUCGUCCCUAGGGAAGCAUCACCUGUCUGUCAGGUUCCUGAAGGGUGCAGGAGGAUAAGUCCUCCUAGGCCGCACCUCAUCCCAUCUUGAGGAUCUCCCCGUCGCCCCUCUAGGCCAACGCGGAGCUCCCCUUAAGCCCCUUAAGAUUCAGUCGAGCUAAAAUCCUGGUCAUUCUGACCUUGCUCCUGAUCACGCUCGCUUCUAUCAAGAGGGUAUGGACCUGCACGCAUUCUCAACCAAUGUAUCGUGCCUUGAAUUUUGUGCCGGCUAUUCUCACAUGACCUUGAGAUCCCGGCCCGGUUAUGUGUCCAAGGUUCUCACCUGAACUCGGCUCUCACCUCCGAGUUCGGUUAAGGAACCUGCAAGCACUGCCCUGAAGGAGGCAGACCUGGCCUUAACUUUGCUUUGCCCCGUUUGUGCCAUGCACGUUUACGAGGACCGCACCGGAACUUAGAUGCUCCGAGCAGCUCUUGUUUGCUUAUGGGUCAGCAGAUGGGGAAUGCUGCCCUUGAGCAGAGGUUGGCCCAUUGGGUGGUAGGUGCCUCACCUCGGCUUCUUAGUGCCAAGGUGAGCUGUGUCCCCUAAGAGUCGAGUCCACUCUACAAAGAGUUACUCCUCCUAGGUGUGGUGCACAGCGCCUCUCUAGCAGACAUAUUAGAAGCUGCAGGCCAGGCAACACCCAUCACCUGCGCAGGAUUCUUUUUCCUGCGCUGAGCCGUUCCUCCCGUGUGUUGUGCGACUUCAGAUAAUUUGCAGGAGGAUGGCUCGGUGUCAGCUUGCUGCGCCAUUCCUUACGGAUCCGUGCGCUUUCUCCCAGUUGUUCCCUUCAGGGAACUCUGGGUCCUCCAUUGCCCCGCAGUCUGGAUUAGGACGGAGUAGUCCAUGAUUGUGCUCUGACAGGGGGUCUCCUUCGCCCCCUGGAGGUUGUGGCAUAAUAUCUCAGUAUUUUUUCUCCACGGUUUAUCCCACCGUGUUUCCCCUAGUAUCUUAACAGAUAUUUAUUUUACCCAGUUCCCACAUGGCUUAAAAUUUGUCAUUGUGCUCCGCCCCCCCCAACGGUUGCUUCAGAUACCUGGCACCACCGGUGGGCCAUUAUCUGGCUUACAGGGCGUUGGGAAGGUUACGUGUUGAGCUUCAUUUGUCCUUCCAUGCUUGCCUGCCAGCAUCUGUUUCUCAACGAUGUAACUCGGUUCAGGAUUGUGGCGUUUUCCAGAGGAGACCCCAAAUACAUCAGUAUUGAUGUAAUGUUGUAGUGUACGACUGAGGGGGAAUGUCUAGGUUACAUCUGUAACCCUCGUUCCCUGAAGGAGGGAACGGAGAUGUUAUGUCCUCCUGCCACAAUCCUGAACUGCGCUGAAUGCCGGGUUGCGUCUCGGCUUCUCAGCAUAAACCUGAAUGAGUGGAUGCACGCCGCCAUCUUAUAUACCCGUGUGUACGGGGGAGUGGCUUGGCAUGCAAAUUCCACUCGCCAAUGCUCAUUGGCCUGUUUUCUUAAGCUCAGAGGUGAUUGGGCUCCCAAGUGAGACCCCAGAUACGUCAGUAUUGACGUAACGUCUCCAUUCCUUCCUUCAGGGAACAAGGGUUACAUAUGUAACCUAGACGUUUUGAAAGCAGUUUGUUAGCAUUUGAAAAAUGUGCUGAAAAUGCAUAGUGUUUUUCAGGUUGUGAGUAUAAUUGACAAAAUUCUUUGUGGAUUUUAAAAAAUGUAGUCAUUGCAUGCAUUUUGUCUGAAAGAAAUGAAAAAUGAUUCACAGUUUGGUCUGCAUACACUGUAAAAAAUAAAAAACACAAUUUGUCAGCUUAAAAUAAUUUGUUACCUUGCUGCCUUAAAAUUUUAAGUUCAGUCAACUAAAAUAAGUUUAGUCAAUUUGAAAUGUUAAGUUGUACUAAGUAACAACUUAGAUAUGUGUGUUUGCUAAACUUAACAGAUGGGUAAGUAAUCCAGCUGCCUCAAUUUUAAGUUGAUUCAACUCAAAUAUCUAAGUUGUCACUUAGUAUAAUUUAACAUUUCAAGUUGAAUAAACUUUUUUUGAGUUGACCGAAUUUAAAAAUUGUAAGGCAGCCAAAUUAUUUUAAGUUGACUCAACAAAUUGUUUUUUACAGUGUAGACUUCUGUAUCACUGAAUGUGUGAACAGUUUUGAAAAUGUGGCUUCAGUAUUGAACAAUGCUUGUUAGCAUCACAGGUAUAAACUUGUAAAGAGCCACAUACUCUGUUACUUAGUUUAUUAAACAAUGUCAUUAAUUCUUUGCUAUUAUUAUAGUAUACUUGACAAAAUAUGUUUCCAUGUGCAUGAUGUCAUAGCUUAACACUUAAUUACCUAUUAAUUGAAUUUAGUUCAUCCAAUUAGAUCCAAUUCUGUUAAAGUUGGACAACAACUAUAAAGGCACAUUUUCCCAAAAGGACUGUAUCUUGAACUGUUUUGCGUCACAUGUCAUUUUUGUUUGGUUUUGGUUUUGUUAGUUGUACUUGUACAACACUACAGGACAACAAGCACAAUUAUCAAGUUACAUCAAACUCAACAAACAAACCCUGGUGAAGCACAUUUAUCUAAGAUGACCUAUUUAGAUAAAACAUCCAAGCCAUGUACAUAUAGCUGGCCCACUGAUAUUUAUGAUGAACACUUUUUUCCCAGAGUGACCUUCAUGUUGUCUAUGAGAAAAAAACCCUAAUAAUUUUUUUCAAAAAUAAAAUACAG